AUGCCACUGGAUAGACUUCGAGUGCGUUCGUUAGCCUGUCGUACGUAUGUACGUCUUAUUGUCAUUGCUGUAGGUUGUCCAGCUGGUCGCCAUGGCUACGGCUGUCUCUAUCACUGUGAAUGCCCGGGGACUAUCUGUGAUCACGUGACUGGAAAAUGUAUUUGUAAUUCUGGAACUACUGGAAUCGCGUGUGAAAAAGGUAUACGUUGAUUCAUGUUCCUCCCGUGAUAUUCACACUGCAUGGGCAAGCAGAAAACUACUUCAACUUGAGUGAUAUUUUUAAUUCAUAUGGUAUGCUUAUCUGCCUAGCGGAAAACCACCUGGCAUGUUGGGAUUUAUACUUGGGUAGAUUAGCAUCCAAUAUAUAUAUUUUAAUACAGUAUAGUAGCUAUACUAUAGUAUCUUUACCACUAAAAUUAUUUUGAAAAAAGUAAGUUAUAAUAAAAAAACACUUUAAAAAUGACUUUAUCAAAAAUCACUUUAAAAAUGGCUUGCGUACAAAAAUGAAAGGCUUAUUAAUUAACGCAAUUUGAAACGUUUUGUAAAAAGUAUGUAAGAAAUCAAUCAUGCAUAAAACCAAUGAUGCAUAAAAUCAGGCACUACAUGUGAUAAAUCAUGCGUGAAAGGUUGCUGUAGCCAAAAAGUCCAAGGUUUGGAGGUCGCGCGCAGGACAAUUAAUGUACAUCAAAUUAUCUGGUACUUUCAUAGUUCGUAAACCACCUUCUAAAUUUGCACCCUAAGAAGAUGUUACCGUGUGAAAAUAAUUGUAAAUAAUAAUAAUUCAAAUUGCGUUUUAAGUCUUCGAUUUUUGCGCGCAAGCCAUUUUAAAGUAGUUUUUAAAAACAACUCUCCUGCACUUGAAAAUUUACUUUUCAAAAUAAUUUUAGUAGUAAAGAUACUAGCAGAUCCCAAACUACGCAUGUUUCCAUCAAGUUUUCACAAAUUUUGCGCAAUUUGCAGUUUAGCGGACAUUAUCGGACUGUGUAGUUUUUUAUACACCUUGUAUAUAUUAGAAGAUAUUCUCCAAGUAAUGUCCACACCAGGCAAGUACAAAACUACGUACGUAUACUUGCAUUGAUCAUGGUGAGAUCUGUACUCAGGUAGAUUAUAUGUAUUGGAUGAUAUUCUCCAAGUGAUCUUCAGACCAAGCAAGUAGCUAGAAAUCUAUUUGAUCAUGGUGGCCGGGAUUUGUACUCAAGUGGAUUGCGUAUAUUACGUGAUGUCCGCCAAGAUAGCGAUUUAAAAUUUGAAAUUUCGUUUGCCCAGGUUGUAAGAUUACCCACUAUGGUGUUAAAUGUUCGAACAAGUGUGAAUGUCUGCCAAAUGGAGGGUGUCAUUUCUCGUCUGGUACUUGCAAAUGUGAUGAACAACAUUUUGGUGCGAAGUGUAGUCACAGUAAGUCCUGAUAAACUUAAUUUUUGCCAACGCAAUCAUUUCCAUGGCAACAUAACUCCCAAAAAGCACUAGAAUCGUAGCCUUUUGUGCCGUGUGGCCAUACGAAAGUGCGAAUUAAACUUAAUUUGUGUUUUGGCCGCCAGUCUUGGCUCUCUUUGUCUGUUCUGAGUCGAUUGUUUUUUGAUAAAACAAUCGACUCAGAAUCUAUUUCCACUACCGCCACCAUUUAGGGACCAUUAACCAAUCAGAUGCGUUUAUUCCAUAAUACUUGAGCAUAUGCCAUAACAAAAAAUAUUUCAAAACAAUUUUUAUUAAUUUAAAACAGCUCGCGUAAUAGUUGUAACAAAAACAGCAUUUAAAAACUUUUAGUAAUUUUAUUGGCUAGAAAUUGUUUUUAAAAUUAUACCUUUAUACACUGCUAAACGCCUAAACCAAACUUUGUCGCUUUCUUUGUCUUUUGGGGAACCGCAGCUUCGUUUCGUGAAAACCUUUUCUCAUCCGUAACCGGAACGAAACGGGAGCUGAGCAACCAAUCAAAUUGCUCGAAAAGCACUAUCCACCUCUCGAGUAUACAGUAUGCUAUAUAUCAGUAUUAUAUAACUAGGGAUGGGCCGAUAUCGAUAUCAGGCUUUUGAAGAAAAGUAUCGAUCCUGGCAAGAAAUAUCGAUUGUUUCGAUACUUCUGAGCCUGCGAUAUUCUUUUGAUUUUGGUCAUCAUGAAAAUGAUAAAAAGUUGUUCAUUUUCUAUGAUGCUUAAUGGUCCACGGGCAGGAUCAGAGUUUGUUGUUAUGUUAGUUACAAUCAUGAAAGUAAACGUGUUGAAAACGUGUUGAACUUAACGUAUCUUAACCAGCAUGAUUUUGGCGUCGAAGAGAUGAAAAUACUCUUUUGUUUUUGUGGUUUUUCGAGUUGGGAAAAUAUCGAUAUCGAAAAAAUUGGCAAAUAUUGAGUAAAUAUCGUAUUGAAUGAAAAAGCUGGUAUCGCCGAUCCCUAUUUAUAACCGCACACACUCGAAUUCGUUUAUGACAGUAACUUUAAUACUCAUGUACACCUCAAAAAUUAAUACGUUAGAAACUAUUCCAGCGCCUCGUUUCUCAAUUUAAUAAUUUUAUUAUUGAUAUAUGUAUAAUAGUAUAUAAAUGUUUAUUUUUGUUUAAUUUAUAGAUGUUGACAAAAUAGAGAAUGCGCAUUUUCCUGUUUACGUCUUUAAGCCGGCGUUAUAA